AUCAAACAUUCCUCAACUAACCUUUCUGUUGGAAAAUAUGACUGUUCCAUAUUAUCGAGAUGUUCCAACUGGAAAUGCUCUACGCAAUUUUUUCAAAAUUAUGCUCAAAAGGAAAGGAAAUUUAUUUACAGCGAUUUUUAAAGAGUUAUGUUUGUUUCUUGGCUUGUAUUUUUUAUUUAUGGUGAUCUAUCGACUUGUUUUACCAAAGAGCGGAGGUCAACGUGAAAUCAGAAAAAUUGUCGAAAACUUGCUGUCCCAUCAGGAAUUUACGAUACCCUUGGAGUUUUUGCUUGGUUUCUUCGUUUCUAGUGUGGUGGAUCGGUGGAGAAAGUCGCUGGACAGUUUAGCAUAUAUUGAGAGUUGUGCCCACGCCGUUGUCAUAGGUUUUCCACCCAAUUCCAAUGGCUCCGACAAAAACUUACUGAUCCGCCGUACGAUCAUCAGAUACCUAGUGGUCUCCCAGAUCUUGUUGUACCGUGAGAUCUCGCUGAAAGUGAGGAGGAGAUUCAAGAAGUUGACGAUACUGGGAAAAGCUAAACUUCUGAAUCAGAAUGAGAUUGAUAAACUGAAUAAGUUGGAGUGUAAGCACUAUGACAUCUACUUUCUGCCAAUCAGUUGGGCUCUUUCCCUUAUCGAGGACAAAAUUGAUAAAGAGAAUCUGGCGAACGAGUUCACAAUCCUGUGGGGUCAAAUCAAGGAGUGGCAGACAAAGCUCUCACUUUUGCGGAACUGCGACUACAUCCCGAUUCCGUUGGCGUACCCGCAGGCUGUGUUCCUAGCCGUUCGUUGUUACUUUGCAGUGUGUGUGUUCACAAGACAGCACUUGGAUAGAUAUGAUUCGAAGAUGCACACCUGGAUAACUUUCUUCCCAGUGCUCACAACAUUCCAAUACAUUUUCAUGAUGGGCUGGAUGAAGGUCGCCGAAAUCCUGCUCAACCCAAUGGGAGAAGACGAAGACGAUUUUGAGCUGAACUUUAUCAUUGAUAACAAUCUUAAAAAUGGAUUGGAUAUUGUGAGUGGAUUAUGUGGAAACCAUAGGAAACUUGCAGAACAUGAAAUUGAAAAUGAUUGUCGUCCAUAUUAUCAAACCAAUGAACAAGAUCGUAAAAAGAAUCGUGCACCGCCGGAAUCCUUGAAGAACGUGGAGUUCAAAUCAUUCACAAUGGAAAAGGCUUCUAAGGACUCGCCAAUGGUUGUGAAAUCGGAAUCUGUUUGUUGCCUACGCCGGAGAUUCAAUAGCAGUGCAAAAAAGCACCAUGAUUCAAAAGUCUAGAUUUUACUUGUUUUCGGUUUAAGUAAAUAAAGUGUUUUAUGGAG